AUGACCGAUCGUAAUGAUAUCAACGAGAUUCUCGAAAUCGACUUUGAAGUUGGACACGUAUCAAUAAUUCGACCAGAACCCACAACCAUUCAUAAUCCACCGCGUACUCAUGAUUGGACAGUUUAUUUACGGUCUGCUGAUGUUCAUGGCGAUCUAAAUUGUCUUAUUCAACGUUGUAUAUUUCAUCUUCAUCCAGAAUUUCCCGAUAGUAAACGAGAAUUUAAAUCAACACCAUUUUAUAUUAAAGAAACUGGUUAUGCUGGUUUUCAUUUGCCAAUUGAAAUUUUUUUUAAAACAAGAAAAGAUCAGAAAAAGUUUCGUAUUGAAUAUGAUCUUGAUUUACAUACUAAUGUGGAUGGUCAUCCAUAUAGACAAAAAGAAAGUUACGUACGUAAAUAUCGAUGUACGUUUUACAAUCCUGAUCCGGAACUACGACAAAAAAUCUUAGCUGCUGGUGGAAAAAUUAGCGAUAAUGGGUCAAUAUCAAACAAUGAUAAUGGUGAGAGUGAUGCUGAAGAAGAGACAACCUCAACGCCGCCGCCACCACCGCCUGAACCAGUUUCUCGCCCUUCUUCACCGCAAAAACGACCAUUUUCACCAGCACCAAUAGUCAAUUCUACUAAUAAUAAAAAGAUCAAAGUUGAACAAUCAUCAGUAACUAAUUCCAAGAAAAAACCCCAACAGUCAGUGAUUAAGAAUGAAAAUUUGAGUAAAACAACAGUGAAUAAUAUUAAUAAUAAGAAAGCUCAAUUAUCAUCUAUUAAACAGUCAUCAGCUGUUGAAGAAAAACCAACUAAAACUUUACCAAUCAAAGAUUCUAAUCAAACAGUAUCUUCAACAUCCAAUAGUCAUGGAUCUGCUGAUGAUUCUACAUUAACAAAAGCUCGUCCAUCACCUAAAGUCAAGCCAGAUCACGAUAUAAAACCGUCAAUACAACCAUCUACAACUGUAAUAGUUAAAAAAAAAGAACCAAUACCUUCACCAUCAAAAAUAAAUACACAAAUUCCAUUAAAAAAACCAAUAACUAUUCCAGCGAAUAAAUCGUCUCAAAAACCUUCCGUUAAAAUUGAACCCACAUCUACAAACAAAUCUCCUUCAAAUAUUCCAAUAAAACGAGAAUCAUCACCCAAUGUUACUUCAUCGAACAGUACAACUUCAACAGUUUUAAUUAGUAGCCUAAAAAAAAUUCCAAAAAAAGUUGCACCGCCGCCCCCUCCGCCUCCUCCGCCAAUCAUUGGGAAAAAACGUGUACGUUCUCCAAUGACUCCUCCACCUUCACAUAAAAGUUCCGAUCGAGAUUCUCGUCGACAUCAAUCUUCAUCAUCUAAAAAUCAAACAAGUUCAAUAAAUGACCAUCCAAAAGCAACAACACUUGCAUCAUCAACGAGCCAUUGUAAUAGCAAUCGAAACAGUAGCAGUAGUAAUCGUUCAGGGAAACAUAGUAGCAAUCAUAGAGAUCGUUCUCGUUCACGAAGUCGUUCUCGAUCACGUUCACGUAAUCGUUCCAGUCAUCAAAGUUAUCAUGAUAGUCGCUCAACUCAUUCUCCCAGCUCAUCUCGACAUUCAUCACAGCAAAAAGAUCGAUCAAACCGUCAUAAAUCACCUCAUUCUUAUCCAUCAUCUACAUCAAAACUCUCUUCGUCUUCGUCUUCCGCUUCAUCGUCAUCUUCAUCUCAUUAUCAUAAUCGUCGUACACCAACGCCAUCAAAAUCAACUCGAAGUCCUUCUCGAUCUGCUCAAACUCAAAUUGAUCAUCUUCCAUCAUUUUCAAAUGACAUCUCAUCAGUAUUACCGUCAACAUCGUCUAUAGAUACACCGCAAUCUCGAUCCGACAGUGUUGAACCAUCAAAUGUAGCAUCAACAACUUGUUCGCCGUCAACGCACGUAUUUCAAAAUGAAGAUGACCACACACAAGCAGAAAUGGAUAUCGACGGAGAAAGUGACGAUGAUAUAAAUGCUCGUCGUCAACUAUUACAAUCCCAUGAGCAUGAUCAAAUAUCUCCAUCAUCUUCAACAUUUAUAGCAAAUGAACCAAGAAAAAUUUUAACAAAUCGAAAUUUUCAUUCGGAUCAUUCAUAUUCAUUAUCAGAUACAAACGAAAGCAAUGAUGAUAGUCAUUUAUCAACAGAUGAUGACGAUGAUGAUGAUGAUUUACCUACUGUUUUAACUGAUGAUGAUUUACGAACAAAAUUAAUCUAUAUUUAUAAUCGUUUUACGUUAAAUUCUACAAAUGAUUUAACUAUAUUUGUAACAUUUUUUAAACGGCAUAAUUUAGUUGAUACAUCUAUGAAAACGACUAAUGGAAUGUUUACAUAUGAUCUUUUUUCGCUUGAUCCAUUAUUAAUUGAUGAAUUAUCUAAAGACCUAGGAUAUACACCUAGUUCUAUUAUUAAUCGAGCAGAACAGUGA